UUCAUGCUUUAGUAUAAAAAUACAAGUCAAAAAGCCAAAUCGGUCAGUUCAGCAUUUGACGACACAGUUUCUACAAACAGACCUGCAUUUGCUACAGAUGGAUAACCUCACAGUUCAGUACUGCUUUCCUGACAACAACUUAUCUUGCCAAAAGGAGCUCCACACUCCAACCAACCUGCUCAUCCUCUCUCUGGCUGUGGCAGAUCUUCUCGUGGGAUUGAUUGUUAUGCCAGUGAAAAUAAUGGAGCUUAAUAACUCUUGUUGGUAUCUUGGAAAAGUGGCAUGCAUUGUUUCUGAAAUAAUCACUGGCCUCUUAAUGUUUGCAUCUCUCUGUAGUCUGGUUUUCAUUGCAGUUGAUCGGUACAUUGCUGUCAAUGACCCUCUACUGUAUUCCAGCAGAAUCACAGUUUGUAAAAUGUCUGUUUGCAUAGUUCUUGGUUGGUCUUUCUCUCUAUUUUAUAAUGUAAUUUAUUUUUACUUUAAUAAUCAUCUUCUGCCGUCUCAGAUUUACAUUAGAUGUUAUGGUGAGUGCGUAGUGUUUCUAAAACAUUCUUGGUUGAUUAUUGACCUGGUCAUUUUUUUUCUAGUCCCCUGCUCCAUUAUACUGAUCUUGUACUCAAUCAUUUUUAAUGUUGCGAGACGACAAGCCAAAGCUGUUAGAGCUGUGAUGAAUAUAAUCUCACAAAAAGUUUCAAGCUCUUCUGAAACCAAAGCUGCAAAAACACUAGGAAUUGUAAUAUUUGUUUAUCUUGCUUGCUGGAUACCUUAUUAUGUAAGCUCUCUGUCAGUUGAAAGUGUCACAUCUUUGUCGAUGGUGUGGAAUGUGUUUGGGUGGCUAAUAUGCAUUAACUCCUCUGUGAAUCCAUUAAUUUAUGCCAUAGUCUACCCAUGGUUUAGAGAAUCAGCUAAGUAUAUUUUAUCAUGUAGAAUAUUUGAAUCCUCAUCGAAUCUGAAGUGGAUGGCUCACCAGACUGACAGAAGCGAACCCAAGCUGUCUGAGUUGUAUUCCAGGGCCUACCAGGUGAGCCAACUCAGCCUGGAGCCAGCCCUUACACAACCCCCUCCCCGAGGAACGGAACCUGAUGUUCCCAACCCUUGCAGCCCAAUCCCGCCAGAGUGUCUGGAUAAGCUCACGACCCAGGAUGCGGCCGUAGCCCUCCCAGUCGACCAAAUACUGGGUGCUUCCCCACACCCGCCAGACAUUGAAGUGUGCCAUCAAUUAUUUGAGGGGCAGGGGAGGCUCACAACUGUGUUCCCCUAG